AUGCCAACGCUUUACAUCGACGUCGACGCUGGCUCCGACCAGAACCCAGGAACCGAGCAAGAGCCGCUCGCCACGCUGGUGCAGGCGAUGCUAAUCUCUCAAAACUCGGCCGAGUACCUAAUGAAGAAGAAAAGUGACGAAGGAGUCGCCUGGGAGCCCGCCGCAAAAGCCGCCAUCAAAAAAGCGGUGAAAAAGUACGAAGCGGAGGUGAAAAAGGCGGAGAAAGCUGGAAAUCAGGAGCAAGCAGCGGCGGAAGCUCACGCCGCUCAACUGGAAGCCGCGAGAGCCAUCACUUUCACUCGAGAUGAGACACUUCCAGAGGCGAAAUGCAUCAAAAUUGGAGAAUCUGUGAAGCAUCGAGAGCAGAGAGUCACCAUCAAGGCGUGGGUGCAUCGUAUCCGUCGACAGGGAAAAUCAUUGAUGUUCCUAGUUUUGAGAGAUGGAUAUGGAUUCAUUCAGUGUGUGCUCAACGAUAAAUUGUGUCAAAGCUACGACGCCGUCACCCUCUCCACCGAAUCAUCCAUCCAAGUUUACGGAGUGAUCAAAGCUCUUCCAGACGGAAAAGACGCGCCAGACGGUCACGAGCUCACAGUUGACUACUGGGAGCUCAUCGGAGCCGCGCCAGCCGGUGGAAUCGACAAUGUGCUCAACAAAGACGCCGGAGUCGACGUGAUGCUCGACAACCGUCAUCUUGUAAUCCGCGGAGAGAACGCUUCGAGAAUUCUGAGAAUCCGUGCGGCGGCGACUCGUGCCAUGCGAGAUCAUUUCUUCGCUGCGGGAUACACUGAGGUGACUCCGCCCACUUUGGUACAAACUCAAGUGGAGGGCGGAUCCACGUUGUUCGGGUUGGAUUACUACGGAGAGCCCGCCUACUUGACGCAAUCGUCGCAAUUGUAUUUGGAGACAUGCAACGCUGCAUUGGGAGACGUCUACUGUAUUGCUCAGUCUUAUAGAGCUGAGAAAUCGCGUACUCGUCGUCAUUUGUCAGAAUAUCAACAUGUUGAGGCGGAGUGUGCUUUCAUUACAUUCGAUCAGUUGAUGGAUCGAAUCGAAUCGCUCGUUUGUGAUACUGUAGAUCGGCUUCUUGCUGAUCCUGUCACCAAGGGAUUGAUCGAGUUCGUCAACCCGGGCUACAAACCACCAUCCCGCCCAUUCAAGCGUAUGGCCUACAAAGAGGCGAUCGCUUGGCUUCAGGAGAACGACGUCCGCAACGAGCACGGAGAGAAAUUCGUGUAUGGAGAGGAUAUUGCCGAGGCUGCCGAGAGAAAGAUGACCGAUACGAUUGGAGUGCCAAUUCUCCUCAACCGCUUCCCUGCCGGAAUCAAGGCAUUCUACAUGCCACGUUGUGCCGACGACAAAGAAUUGACAGAAUCCGUGGAUCUUCUGAUGCCAGGAGUCGGCGAGAUCGUCGGUGGAUCGAUGCGUAUCUGGCAGGAAUCGGAGAUGCUCGCCGCGUUCGAACGAGCCGGAAUCGAUCCGAAGAACUAUUUCUGGUAUAUGGAUCAACGAAAGUACGGAAGUGUUCCACACGGAGGAUACGGUCUCGGAUUGGAGAGAUUCAUCUGUUGGUUGACGGAUACUCAUCACAUUCGUGACGUCUGCUUGUAUCCGAGAUUUGUUGGCCGAUGCGCUCCAUAG